AUGAAUAGCGUCUCGGAGGGUGCUCUGAAGAAAAUACAAAAAGAUGAACGAAAAGCUGAAAAGAGAGAAUCCAAGAAGAGAGCCAUGUUGAUGCGCCGAAUAAAUGAACAAGUGCAGACGAUCAGGAUUCAAGCCAUUGCUCUUGUUCUAGCAUUUGCUGUUUUCUUAGCCUUAUCCUCAUCUCUUAAUGCUGAUAUGCUUAGACGAUUUUUGAGCUUAGUCGAUCCUGUACCUUUGGGUUUACGAACGGCCGAAGAGGAGAACUUUCGACAAUUCCCAGAACAAACCUAUCUGAACUAUGCCGUUCAAACUUAUCCGAACAAGUGUUCAUACCGUAUGAGCAACACCUGUGGUCACAUCAACUGUCUAGGUGAAAUGCUGGCGGAAGGAUUGAGAUGUUUGGGAUCGAACGAUUCCAUCAUCUAUUAUCAUGAGUCUAGUCAAUUCUAUAAAUAUGAGCAUCCCAAAGCCAUGUUAGAAAUGAUAGAUGAAGAUUUCUGGUUUGACAAAAAUAAUAUUUUGGCUCGAGCUGCUGUUCUUAUAUUCCGUCGGAUACAGAGUCGAACAAGCUACUUGGAAUCUGAGAUGAAGAUAAACAUCCUUAUUAUGGCUUACAUCCAACGCUUCUUCAUGCUUCUGGCCCACAAUAAGUUUGAUCUUGAGGCUACAGCUGUUGAUUGGAAAAGAGAUUGCGCGAACAAUCCAGACUUCAAUCAACUCAAAGAGAAUCUCUCUGUCUUUUCGAAAUCUUAUGUUAUGUCUGAUAAGCCAACAGCUGUGAUCUGGUUCAACAAGUAUGAUCUCAACAAGAUCUUUCUAAUUUCGCCAAGAGGCAAGCCUGAUUCAAUUCAAAAAACUAUUCAAUUUGUUCACAAAAUGCACAAUCAACCCAAUUAUGUUUUGGCAUUGAACGGUGAGAGACGACCGUUGCAAAAAGCAAUUUCAUUUUUGGUUCGCAAGCAUCUAUAUAAUGAUUUCUAUGAGAAAGCCAUUCGAUAUCAACAGAAAGCUUACUUUGAUUUCAUUGAAUCCAAAUACAUCUGUGAAAGAAAUUCCGAAAUUGCUCAACAUCUGAAAUCCAUUAGCAUUCCUUGUGAAGAUGUUGAUCUGAAUACUGUAGAAGAGGAAGAUGUCUUUUACAGUCUCAUCCUCUAUCAUCCACCAACGCAAACGCUCUUCACGUAUGAGAACAACGUAAUGGCUCAUGGAGUUUAG